GUGGAGUGUUGCCUUGAUGCAAGAGCACAGAGCUGACACGGGACGCUGCUUGUGGGGGACGUGUGCUUUUUAUAAAUCUUACUUUUUUGUUUUGUUUUACUUCUGAUGAUUCUCGUUGCUUAACUGCUGCGCCUUAUUUUUGUUAUUCUGGACUAAAUAUCCCAAGGACCUGCAAAGACCAGCAACUAAAGACUCAGAAGUUUCUAUCACACACACACGCAGAGGAGGCAUUGCAUGACUUAUUGACUGGUGUUUGAAGGGGUAAACAUUGGAAUAUAUUUCUGGAAAUAUAAGAAACACGAAAACAUCGCUUUCUUAUUGUAUGCUAAAGUGUCGGGUAAACGAUUACAGACAUCGUUCCACAGCCUAAGAGAUUCAAGCAUGAAGAUAGCACAGUUUCUCAAGACGCACCGAUAGGGAUGAAUUAGCUGAAAAGACGUUCUGUUGUGGAUUUCAGUGGGGUAAACAAGUGUUUUUUUUUUUUUUUUUGCAUUCUGCUUUUAACACAUAAAAACAAUGGAUGAAGACAGAAAGUCUGAGAAUUGUUUGCAAACUACGAAGGAUUCAGAUCGCCAGCUGCGUUUGAGACUAUGCGUUUUAAAUGAGGUUUUGAACACCGAGAGGGACUAUGUGCGUACAAUGCUAUUCCUACAAUCAGCCUUUCUCUAUAGGAUUCGUCAGACUCCAGCUGACCAGCAAUGUAUCUCUGAGGAAAAUGUCAAGAUUCUGUUUUCCAACAUUGAAGAUAUUCUUGAAGUUCACAAGGAGUUCUUGGCAGCCCUGGAGUCGUGUUUACAGCCAGAGCCUCAUCCUCAGCACACACUUGGUCAUGUUUUCCUACAGUUCAAAGACAGAUUCUGUGUUUAUGAAGAGUACUGCAGUAACCACGAAAAAGCUCUGAGGCUUCUAAUGGAACUCAACGAAAUGCCUAGAGUGAGGACCUUCCUUUUGCAUUGCAUGCUGUUGGGAGGGAAAAAGACAACUGACGUCCCAUUAGAGGGUCAUCUUCUGUCACCGAUCCAGAGAAUCUGCAAAUACCCCCUCCUGCUCAAGGAGUUGCUGAAAAGGACCCCCAAAAAGCAUCCUGAUUGCCCCGCAGUGGAGCAAGCACUUCAAGCCAUGAAGACAGUGUGCUCUAACAUCAACGAGACCAAGAGACAAAUGGAAAAGCUGGAGGCCUUGGAACAGCUCCAGUCACACAUUGAGGGAUGGGAGGGUACCAAUCUGACUGAUAUUUGCACAGAACCCUUACUCCAUGGUACUUUACUGAAGAUUUCUGCGGGAAACAUUCAAGAGAGAGUAUUCUUCCUCUUCGAUAAUCUCUUAGUCUACUGUAAACGGAAAUCAAGAGUUGCAGGGAAGAAAUCAAUUAAAAGGACAAAGUCGAUGAACGGACCUCUCUAUUUGUUCAGAGGGAGAAUAAACACUGAGGUGAUGGAGGUGGAGAACGUGGAAGAUGGGACAGCGGAUUACCAUAGCAAUGGCUACACAGUGACAAAUGGCUGGAAGAUCCACAACACAGCAAAAAACAAAUGGUUUGUCUGCAUGGCCAAAAACCCUGAGGACAAGCAGAAGUGGCUGGACGCCAUUCUAAAGGAGAGGGAGCAGAGAGAGAGUUUGAAGCUGGGUAUGGAGCGCGAUGCUUACGUCAUGAUUGCAGAAAAAGGCGAGAAGCUGUAUCACAUGAUAAUGAGUAAAAGCAGACACCUGAUCAAAGACAGGCGAAGAAAACUCAGCAUUGUCCAUAAGUGCUUCCUUGGAAAUGAGUUUGUGUCCUGGCUGAUUGAGACGGGAGAGAUCAGUAAACCAGAUGAGGGAGUUAAUCUGGGACAGGCUUUGCUGGAGAACGGUAUCAUCCAUCACGUGUCUGACAAGCAUCAGUUUAAGAACGAGCAGGUGCUGUAUCGUUUUCGAUAUGACGAUGGAACCUACAAGGCAAGAAGUGAGAUGGAGGACAUCAUGUCAAAGGGUGUAAGACUCUACUGUCGACUUCACAGCUUGUUCACCCCGGUAAUAAAGGACAGAGACUACCAUUUGAAGACAUUUAAAUCUGUGAUCCCAGCUAGCAAACUGGUUGACUGGCUGAUAGCUUGGGGAGACUGCUCCAGUAGGGAAGAGGCCGUAACACUUGGGGUUGGACUCUGCAAUAAUGGCUUCAUACAUCAUGUGCUGGAGAAAAGCGAGUUCAAAGACGAAUCCCAAUUUUUCCGCUUUUAUGCCGAUGAAGAAAUGGAAGGGACCAGUUCCAAAAACAAACAGCUGCGCAACGACUUCAAACUUAUUGAAAACAUCUUGGCCAAGUCUUUGCUGAUCCACCCCCAGGAGGAGGAUUAUGGCUUUGAGAUCGAAGAGAAAAACAAAGCGAUUGUGGUGAAGGCCGUGCACAGAGGAUCCCAUGCGGAGAUGGCAGGCCUUCAAGUAGGCAGGAAGAUUUACACAAUUAAUGAAGACUUGGUGUUCCUGCGCCCCUUUCAGGAAGUAGAGACCAUGAUCAGCCAAUCGUUUUGCAUAAGAAGGUCACUGAGGUUGCUGGUUGCCACGAAGGCAAAAGAGAUUGUCAAAAUCCCAGACUGCCCGGGAGCCCUUUCCUUCAAGAUUGGUGGAGCUGCUCCUCCCCAUGUGCGUGCUGUAAGAAGAGGUUCCGAGGCAGCAGCAGCAGGCCUCCAGCCAGGCCAGUGCAUUCUGAAAGUGAACGGUAACAAUGUCAACAGUGAGAGUUUCAAUGAAGUCCUAGAUCAUUUCUCAGCCUACCGGUCAAGCCAGGAGCAGCAGGAGCUGGGGUUGACACAGUGGGUGUACAGAACGUUUGAAGAUGCAGAGGAGGAGAGAGCCUUGCGGUCCAGCAUGACAGAGGAUGAUGAUGAUAUCAAUGACACCAAGCAGGGCGCAGACCCGCUGGAGAGCAUCAGUAAGUUAAUUAUCUCAGAUGAGACUCCGAUUGUCAGCCUGACGGUAGAUAAUGUCCACCUAGAGCAUGGCGUGGUCUACGAGUACGUCAGCACUGCCGGCAUCAAGAGCCACGUCUUGGAGAAAAUGGUGGCGCCAAAGGGCUGCUUUAGCCUGACCGCAAAGAUUUUGAAGGCCUUUGCAAAAGACGACAUUCUGUUUGUGGAGAACUGCCGCCGCCUGACCUCCUUGAGAAGCACGCUGGUGUCCAUGCCCCAGUACGAGUUCAGGGAUAUCUGCGACACCAAGCUCGAGAGCAUCAGCAAGCGAAUCUCCAGCUACCAACAGUUUGCAGAGGAGCUGCAGGAUAAAGCUUGCCCCUCCUUCAAACAAGCGACGACAAAGCCUCACCACCUUGGUAGCCUGGAUUUCUGCCCGACAAACUGCCAUGUGAACAUCAUGCAGGUGUCCUACCCCAAAAGCACGACAUCAGCAGGCAGGACCUUCAGUAUCCGAUUUGGGCGUAAAAAUUCAUUUUUUGGGUUGGAUCCAGACCAAGCUAACCUGAACCCGAUGUCGCACACCCAACACUGCAUCACCAGCAUGGCGGCCCCAUCGUGGAAGUGUCAGCCACAGGAGAACAAGUCCCACGGGGAGCAGGAGGGGAGCCAGCUGGACCUCAGCCACAAUGGGGGGGUGAACCUGGACGAGGGGGGGCUGAGCUUCCUCCUCAAGCAGGAGGACAUGGAGAUGCAAGACGCCUACAUCCAGCUCUUCAACAGGAUGGACAUUGCUGUCAAGGAGAUGAAGCAAUAUGUGGAUCAGAUAGAUGUGCUUCUCUCCUCUAUAACGGAGCCCACCCAGUCUGAAGAUUGCGAGCCCCCUACCUCAGAAGAAGCCCCUCCCCAGUCGCUGGUGUCAGAGGAGGGUGACAUCGAUAAGACAGAGCACUGUGCUAUCAAAAAGGUCUGCUUCAAUGUGUCAGAAGAUGACCAGGAAGACUCAGGACAUCGACUGGACUCAAUGUCCAGGGACUCCUAUAGCGAAUGCAAUAGUAACCGGGACUCGGUCCUGUCCUACACCAGUGUCCGUAGUAACAGCUCCUACCUGGGCAGUGAUGAAAUGGGAUCGGGGGACGAGCUGCCUUGCGAUAUGAGAAUACCUUCCGACAAGCAGGACAAGUUGCAUGGCUGUCUGGAACACCUAUUUAACCAGGUAGAUUCCAUUAACUCUCUUCUCAAAGGAGCUGUCAUGAACAAGGCUUUCGAGGAAACCAAGCACUUCCCAAUGGACUACAGUUUGCAAGAAUUCCGGCACACCGAGGACUGGACAAUGCACUGCCGUGGUAUGAUCCAGAAGAACAUUCAGGAGGACCCGUGGAACUUGCCCAGCUCAAUCAAGACACUAGUGGAGAGUUUGCAGAGGUUUGUGGAAGAUGGAAAGAAUCAGCUGCUGCUGGCUCUAUUGAAAUGCACAGACACGGACCUGCAGCUGCGUCGGGACGGGAUUUUCUGCCAGAGUCUGGUGGGCGCAGUCUGCACCCUGUCUGAACAGCUGCUCGCCGCACUCAACUUCCGCUACAACAACAGCGGGGAGUACGAGGAGGAGAGCAAGGAAGUCAGCAUGAAGUGGCUGGAGCAGAUUGCUGCCAUCGGAGUCCUCCUGAACAUCCAGUCCAUGCUGUCCCCUCAUGUGAAGGAAGAGCGCACCAUGCUUGAAGAUAUCAAGACUGCCCUGCUGGACUUGGAUAAAGUCACUGUUUACUUCCGGCAACUUGAAGACGAAUGCCUUGUUGCAAACACAUCUAUCUGUUAUCAUGUGGAAGGAAGCAGACAGUCUCUGAAAAUCACCCUGUAUCUUGACAGCUGCCAUUUCUCAGAGCUGCCCACCAAGUUUAAGAACGGAGGCAGCUUGAAACUGCACACCGUACUGUUUACAAGAGCACUGGAAAAACAAGAGAGCCCAGUUUACCAAGACAGCGCCUCGUUGGAAGAGUUUGAGCAGCAGAUCAACACAGCCUCCCUGGAGAAGGUCAAAACUUACUAUCGGAAACUCAGGGCGUUUUACCUUGAGAGAUCCAACUUACCUACAGACUCCAACACCACUGCCGUGAAAAUAGACCAGCUUCUCCGCCCACUGAAUGCAUUGGAUGAUCUGUGCAGACUGAUACAGUCCUUGGUGAUCACAAAGCCGGGGUCUUCAGGAAACUCCAGCAGCCAUCCAUCUGGAGCCAGUCUGCUCCCUGUUUCUUCAGAGUUCUGCAACCGGCUGGGCGCCUGUCACAUUGCCAUGUGUGCUACCGGAAUGCAGAGGUGCACUCUAAGUACGUCCCUGGAACAAACAAUCAUAUUGGCACGGAAUCAUGGGCUGUUACCUCGGUGUAUAAUGCAAGCAACAGAUAUCAUGAGGAAGCAGGGGACAAGAGUUGAAAUAUCUGCAAAGAAUUUAAAGGUGAUGGAUCAAAUGCCACCCACUGCACCACGCCUUUUCAAGUUAUGCCUGCCGCCCACAGAUGGGGAUCUAUGAGGAACCUAAAUGUUUAGGUGAAGUGACAGCACUGCCAACCAUUUCAUGGCAUUUAUUUGACAGACAAUUUUGGCAUAAGGACUGAAGAAAGGAGCGGACUAUGUUUAUAAUUAGCACCUUUGCACAUAAUGCAACAUAGUGGUUGAUUUCAACCACUGUACAUGGAGAGAGCUUCAGCUCUUUCUACAGUCACUUUGCUAUAGCAGCAAACCACCAUCCACCAAAACUUUACUUCCAUGGGAACAUUGUAAAGGCAAGCAAAAGCUACAGUGUUUUUAGAGGGCAGCAAAUACAUUGUUCUCUGACCUCGAAUGCCUUGGUUCUGCUAGAGCAACAUUUUGCUGGUUUAGAAAACGGCGAAAAUUUAGUUGGAUUUAGCAUUAACUUGCCUUCAACCACAACGCCUCUGUCCUGCAGAAGUCAUCAUUUUUUGCAUUCAGGUACAAGAAUUAUAACUGGAAAAUGCGGGGGAACAAAAGCAGGAAUUUGAUGAUCCUGAAAUACAGGAACAACGUGACCUGACGCAUUUACACUGUAAUCUAGCAUUGCAUUGCUAAAACAUGUUAUGUACUGAUUCUGUCUGGGGCAUACAGCAGUAAUAUAAAGUGCCAAGCAUGACUCAAUCUGCACUAGCUGGAAACAUUUUAGUCUACUUAUUUUGAAGUAUUCUUAUGUAUUUAAUGUAUAUUAAUAUAACUUGCUAGGCGCUUAUUAUUAUUAUUAUU